UGCCGCGGUGACACAGUCAUGAUGGCCGCCGUGCGUCGGUUUCUGGCUCUUCGAAACAAGUUCACCAGCUCUUCAAACGGUUUAAGCCUUUACUUUAACAGCAGACAGUCAUGGAGGGAAAGAGCAGUUCUGAGGCGUGUAGGGACAGGACUGUGUAUCACUGUCGGUGGAUUCGCUGUUGUUUACUACCAGCACAAUGCGAGUCUGCGUGCAUUGAUUUCUCCGUUGCCAGCAGUGGCUGCAAAAGAGAAGGCCAGUGCAUCUGCUGAAGAUGAAGAGGUUUCGAUGUCAGCCCAUGAGCACAGGUUCAGGCUCUUCAGUUCACUGGAGUAUGAUGGACAGCUUUAUAUGACUCCCCUCGACUUCAUUGAGUCCGUCACUAUGAGCGAACCAAAGAAAAAGAGGUUUUGGAAAUCCCUCACAAAGCAGGAUCUAGACAAGAUUCUGUCAGAUACGCCACCUGUUUGGAAAGGAUCAUCCCGUCUGUUCCGAAACCUGCGGGAAAGAGGUGCCAUCGCUUACACAGAGUAUCUGUUUCUACUUUGCAUUUUGACAAAGCCGCAUGCAGGUUUUAAAAUAGCUUUCAACAUGUUUGAUGCAGAUGGCAAUGAAAUGGUGGAUAAGAGGGAAUUCAUGGUGCUGGAAGAGAUAUUCCGUAAGAAAAAUGAAAAGAAAAAAGAGCGGGGAGGAGAUCCUGACAGUUACUCUCAACUGAGCGUGGAACUGUAUGGACAUCAUGGAUCUGUCAGCAGCAAUGUACUUAAAAAAGAGCAGCCUCAGUCUGAACCCAGAAGUUUCUGGGAUGUUCUAAGGCUUGGUGCGAGAAUAGUUCUCUUUUCAGAUCUGAUGGAGCACGAACCAGAAAAUGUCACCUACACAACUCUGCUGGUGCAUUUCUUUGGAAGAAAGGGCAAAAGUGAACUUAACUUUGAUGACUUCUACAGAUUCAUGGACAACCUGCAGACAGAAGUCCUUGAGAUUGAGUUCCUCAGCUAUUCCAAGGGAAUGACCACCAUCAGUGAGGAAGACUUCGCUAGGAUCCUGCUGCGUUACACCACAGUGGAAAACAUCACAGGCUACCUUGAGAAUGUGCGUCAAAGCAUACCCGAUGAGAAGGGCAUCACGUUUGAAGAUUUUAGGACCUUUUUUCAGUUCCUCAACAACUUAGAGGAUUUUACCAUUGCCAUGCAAAUGUACAACUAUGCAAAUCGCCCAAUUGGACAAGAUGAGUUUGCACGUGCGGUCUAUGUGGCCACUGGCCUGAAGCUGUCACGACAUCUCGUGAACACUGUUUUCAAGAUCUUUGAUGUGGACCAUGAUGACCAGCUGAGCUACAAGGAGUUCAUUGGGAUAAUGAAGGACCGGCUGCAUCGUGGCUCCUGGGGAUAUAAAGGUGAAGAGAGAUUCACAUCCUUUAAAGCCUGCAUGAAGAAGGAACUCACUGCUAAAUAGGCGAAAGUCCCGCUGAGUGUUUCUCUUCACCCUCACAUCACACUGAAGAAAUCUCAAGUUGGAUUAAAGUUCUCAGUGACUCGAUGCAAUUAUCUACCUAACCUGUGUCAAACUCUGUAAGAUACAAAUACUGCCAUAAUUAGAUUAACACAUGCUACCUCCCUAGACUGUAGUCACAGCUUUGUCACUCGGCUGGCACUUUCUGAACUCUUUAAAAGCCAUUAACUAAAAGGGAUAACACUUUAAUGAAAUAGCCAUGAUACUUUUAUUAAUCAAAGAGUUAUUUAUUAAAGUUCUUAUAAAUUUAAAUGGGCCCAGUGCCCACAUUUUGGGAUAAAUUAUGUUGUUUAAUGAUUUACAAAGUAUUGUCUUUAUUUAUGAUGACAUAUUACUUCAUAAAUUUAAAGGGAACUGUGUUGAAGUGAAAAGUGCUGAAUUCUGAUGGCGUGUACAGUUAUAUAUUCUAUUUAUUGAUCUAUUUUGUGUAAAGAAAAGGUUCUCUUGGGUUUUAAUGCCUCUGUAGUUCUGUAUUGGCAAUGCAUUGUUCUUUUUGCUUCUCUAGGAGUUAUAAGCCAGAUAAUCUUUCCUUACAAUGAGCACAUUGCUAACAUAGUUUCUCUGAGCCCACCACCCAGAUCAGCUUACACAGGGUCUGACAGUGCUGAGUGCACACAGUAAUAAUGAGUCCUCAGUCCUGAUCUCACAAUGUGCUACACAUACAGAUCCCUCUCUCCACCUCUCAUGAGUUUCUUACACUGCCGCUGCUUUAAGAAACAUCUUGCGAAGCCAAAACAACAAACGAGAAGAAACUGAAUCCCACUGAACUCUAAUCAGGCCUGGUUUCAUGUAGGUUUAGAGAUAUGAUAUCCAUCUCUGUGAAUCAUUUUAUAAUGGUUUUAACUGACCUAUCUUCAGAAUUCUGACAGUGCUUUAGACUUAAGUUAUUUUUGAUUGUUCUUUUAGGUGAUUAAGCAUAUUACAGUGUGCGGUUUUUAUUAUCAUUGUCAUAAGUAACAUUAUAGGGGAAGCCAGGGCUAGUUGUCACACAUUACUCUAGUGAAUAAUUCUCAGGGUGUUUAUUUUUUUCAACAUCUGUGCAGAUAUUUUUAAAUCAUUGGCAACAAAAAGCUUUUGAACAUU